UAGCAACCUCGGCUCACAGUUGAAAGCAGACCCAGAGCUUCACAUUUCAGGACGAGCAUCGAGAGAUAACAGCGCGGGGACGUGAUAGGAGGAAGGAGCAUGAGCCAGCUCGCAGAUAACCAGUGACCGUAACAUGAGGACCGGUGGAGAAUGACAUCUUAUCCUGAGGGUUGUUGCAGAAAGCCAGAGAAAAUGAACAGGGCGAUCGGAUACGCGAUCAUUUAUUUAGUGGCCGUGAUUAGUUUCUGUGCGGCAGAGGCUUUGAACAUCUCGGCGGUGGAUGGAGAUGGAAGAGAGAACGGGACCGAGGCAGAUGGGGACGGCUCGGUUCCCCUGGUGCUCAGCAAAGUGAGCCAGAUCAUCGCCCGUGAGGGGAACUGUGCUUUAAUUGACUGUAAUAUCACCGGCGACCCUUUUCCAAAUAUCCAGUGGUUCAACUCGCACGGACACCUGCUUGACGCCAAGAAAAGUGAUGGUAAAUGGUGGAUUCUGGACAGCGGCAUCCUCAACAUCACCAGCAUCACGUUCGCAGACCGCGGCAAAUACACAUGCGUGGCCUCCAACGCGUACGGCAAGGCCAACUGCACAGUGACGCUGCGCGUGGUCUUCACCAAUGGAGAUAUGGGUGUGUACUACAUGGUGGUGUGUCUGGUGACGUUUACCAUCAUCAUGAUUCUGAACAUCACUCGCCUUUGCAUGAUGAGCAGCCAUCUGAAGAAAACCGAGAAGGCCAUCAACGACUUCUUCCGCACGGAAGGCGCGGAAAAGCUCCAAAAGGCCUUUGAGAUCGCGAAGCGUAUUCCUAUCAUUACCUCGGCAAAAACGCUGGAGCUGGCGAAGGUCACGCAGUUCAAGACCAUGGAGUUCGCUCGCUACAUCGAGGAGUUAGCGCGUAGCAUACCGCUCCCGCCGCUGAUCAUGAACUGCCGCACCUUCAUGGAGGAGAUUCUCGAGGUCGUCGGCGUGGAGGAAAUGAGACACACUUUUGUCCGGCAAGCGCCCGAGAGUCACGACGGGGUGGCUGUCGGCACUUCCAGCGACGUUUUCACUAUCUUGCGCGAAAGAGAGCGGGCGAGGGAGAGGGAACGCAGCGAUUCUCCUGCCGUGGACUCGGACGACGCGUCGCUUCACGAGCAGCCUCAGCACAUAGCCAUUCAGGUUUCGGUUCAUCCACCGUUAGCUGCAGCAGGAUGCUGUAACAUAGAAGCUCCGCCUCUUUCCGAAAUAGUCUCCUCUCCACCCCCAUUGGCUCAGCUGCCUCUGGAGGAGGAGUCUGAGGAGAAGGAAAACAAGGCGGAGUCUGUACAAGGAGGUGGUGCUGCACAAACCCAAGUCAUUUAUGAAAGCCAUGUGUAAUAUCCUCAACGAAGAUUAAUGACCUCGCUAUGCAUUUUCUUGGGGAACGAAAAGGUCAAGAUUUGUGUUUCUUCGCUUUAUUUGUGUUUGGGUGAAUCUCUCAAAACUCACAUUUCUGGGUUGUAUUUUACCUUAAAAUAAAA